AUGGAAAACGUGUUCCGGCAAUCCCAGGAGGACGAGCUCCUCCUGGCCUAUUUAUCCCGGUCAAUUGUGGAGAAAUCCACCAUUGAGAUUCAGCGGGAUGGUAGAGCGUUCUUGACGCUUCAAAUGGUCGACAACACGACCAUUAGUGGUCUAAUGGAGCGGAACGACGGAACCCCAUACAACUGGGAAGAAAUCGACGACGAUAAUGUUUGGAGAGGGGAUAGGGCCGGGAUUGAAACUCCAAUUAGGGCAUAUUACCAUCAUAAACCUAGGAGGAUUUCUGCAUAUGCCUCCGAGGAUGGCUGCGCUGCUGAAGCGCAGCGUUGA